UACUUUCCACCGCAUCCGCAUCCACCCCACCACCACCUAGCUAUGGCCGAACUCAGUGUCUACGACAACGAUCCCACCCUGUACCUCUUCACUUCACUCACCGCUGGGUCAUCGCAUAUCGUCACAGCCACGUCUCGCAUCGAGACUAUACUGAAGGCGAACAAGGUCCCUUUCAAGGGCGUGGACACAGCGACAGAUGAUUUAGCAAGGAAGCUAUACGGGCGCAGAGCGAGCGGAAAGAAGCUACCUUUGCUGGUCAAAGAGGGCUAUGUGAUAGCGGACCUCGAGCAAAUCGAAGAAUGGAACGAAUAUGACGAGCUCAAGGAAGCUCUAGGCGUUACAGCAACAGCUGCAUCCGCCCCCGCACCUUCGAAACCCUCCACCAUUUCCGCUGCCGCUGCCGCCCCCAAAGAAAAUACACCAAGCAUUACAUCGGAACAGAACCUUGCCAUUCGAACUCUUGGUGCCGAAGCUGCUAAAGUCGCGGCCUCAAAGAAAUCCGCUCCAUCCAGUAUAUCUACUACAAACCCAUUGCUUUCCGAGAAGGUCAAUUCUCCCGCGGCCUCGACGCCGACGAAAGCAACAGGCACGGCGGAAAAGGAUACCUCCAAAGCAGACCUGGGCGAUGUUCUAUCCCCAAGUUCAGUCCCACUACCUACUACACCAAACCCAGCAUCUUCGAAUGCCACCGGGAAACAGGAAUCAGCUCAGUCCGAGCCAGAAGCUGCCGCAGCUGCGUUACCUGACCCCGAUGACAAGUCACCUAGCACCAAAGAUUCUUCUGAAGGCGAUAAAGCGACUCCAACUGCAGAGUCUCGUGAGGCUGAGAACACAACGCUUAAAGAGGAGACCGAAAAGGUCGAAGAUGAAAAGCACGUGCAGGAGAAUAGCGAUGAAGGAAAAGAGAAUAAGAUGAAGGACGAGGAUGACACCAAAACAAAGACGAAGACCGAGGAAAGCAAGGUAGAGUCGGAAACCACGACAGACGAGAACAAGUUGGAAGAGAAAACGCAAGACCAAAGUGCGAAAGAUGCAGGUAAGGCAGGUGAGAGCGUCAAAGAUUGA